AAGAAACACACAUUAACGUAUCUGAUUAGGGCUGCUAAAGUUCUUUGGGUUUCACAAUGGAGGUGGAUUUGGAUACAAGAGGCAUUUCAGAAGAAGAUACCUUUGAAGUUGAUGAUGAUAUUAUCACUAAUAUUGAUAAUUCCAAUUUUGAAGGUGAAGGGUGUGGGAUAUGCAUGGAUGUUGUCAUUGAUAGGGGAGUUCUAGACUGCUGCCAGCACUGGUUUUGUUUUGCAUGCAUUGACAACUGGGCUACCAUCACAAACCUUUGUCCGCUUUGCCAGAAUGAAUUUCAAUUGAUCACAUGCGUCCCGGUAUAUGAUACUAUUGGUAGCAACAAAGUUGAUGAGGACUCAUUUUCCAGAGAUGAUGAUUGGUGCAUUGAAGAGAAGAAUAAUAUGCUCUCUUUUCCGUCGUAUUAUAUUGAUGAAAAUGCAGUUAUUUGCUUGGAUGGAGAUGGCUGCAAAAUUCGAAGUGGAUCAGUGACUAUUGAGGGAGAUUCCAAUCUUGAUACAUCAAUUGCUUGUGAUUCAUGUGAUAUUUGGUAUCAUGCUUUUUGUGUCGGAUUUGAUUCUGAAGCCACAUCUGAGAGUACCUGGUUAUGCCCAAGAUGUGUGCCACAAGAAUCAGGAGUGGUUUUGACUCAGAGACCUAACAAUGAGCGUGGCCCAGAAGAUGCUAAUUGUGAAAGUUUUGUUGAGGAUGCUUUUGCUGGAAAGGUGUCCAUUUCUGUUGCUGAUGCUGGAGAGACAGCUGUUGUGAUCUCAAUGGUUGGUGAAAAUCAGUGGACUGGAGAACCAAAUGAGAGCUUUCUGUCAACUGUCAAAGUCGAACAGGACUUGAAAACUGAAACAGUUAUAUCGUCUUCUGAUGCCAUUAGUCAUAAGGUGGAAACGCCAUCGAUGGAGAAGACUAUCAUUCAACCAAUCUUUGAGGCGAAGGAGCUGGAACUGUCCUUAUCACACGAUCCAUCCUUCAGUUUGACUUCUAAUUCCUUGGUGAUUAGUGAGUUGAAGACAAGUUCUGCUGUCAAAGCAAUGAAGGAACAAAGUAGCUUUCAUGGCAUUGAAAAUACUUCAAGAAAGCUGACUAGUGAAUCCUGUAUUGGAAACAGGCAGUCUGAAGAUGAAUCGACUAUAGGCCUUCAUCUUGGAUUAUCUGUAGGCGCUUUUUUGUCUGUUGAUGACAUAAAGAAUGAUCGAAUUGGAGAUCAAGUCACUGAAGAUGUCCAGCAGCAAAUCCCUUCAGAAAAAUCUUUGGCAAAAGAUGCUAAUGAGAAUGCUGCCAUGGUUGGUGUAAAGAGAAAGUAUAUUUAUUGCAGUGAGCACGAGUCUACUAGUGUUGAUGGAAAUCCCAAACCAAAGAUUGUGACUGAAGUUUCUAGAAAGAAAAUUAAAGCUGAAGGGAGGAUUGAGCAGGUGCCUACAGAGGAGAACGGCGAUGCUUCUGUGCUGGAUAAUUCUAAGAGCUUCCCAACCCCAAUGGUAGUUCCCAAAGAUGAAAGGUUGAAACAUCAUCAAGAUGAGGAUGAUAUUGCUUCUGAUAUAAUGAGCAUAGUUCAAGGGAGAAACCAUAGACUUUCCAAGGAGAUUGCAUGCCCAAAUCCUCCUGAUAAAUCAUCGAUAGAGCGAGAAAACAUGGCUGGCUUGCGAGUAAAAAAGAUAAUGAGGAGAGCUUCUGAAGACAAGGAGUCAUCCAUGGCGGUUCAAAAACUAAGGAGAGAAAUAAGAGAAGCUGUUCGUGAAAAAUCUGCGAAAGAUUUUGGGGAAAGCCUUUUUGAUCCAAAGCUUCUUGCUGCUUUUAGGGCUGCUGUAGCAGUACCUAAAACUGAACCUGUUAAGAAGUUGGCACCUUCAGCAGUAAAGUCCAAGAAGUCAAUGCUACAGAAGGGAAAAGUGCGGGAAAAUCUAACAAAGAAAAUUUAUGGAGCAUCCAAUGGAAGACGAAAACGUGCAUGGGAUAGGGACUGUGAAGUUGAGUUUUGGAAGCAUCGCUGCAUGAGAGCUACAAAGCCUGAAAAGAUCGAGACUUUGAAGUCAGUUCUUGGCCUCCUAAGAAAGAGUGCGGAUAACUCAGAUCAGGGGUCUGAAUCACAGGCCACAAAUCCAAUUCUUUCCAGGUUGUAUUUAGCUGAUACAUCCGUAUUCCCUAGAAAGGAUAACCUCAAGCCUCUUUCAGCUCUUAAAGCUGUUGGUAGUUCAGAGCAGAAUAAAGAACAGCCCACUUCUGCAGACACCUGUUCAAAGGCAUCUCUUGAUAGUAGUACUAAAUGCACAGAAUCAAACAAAAUUGUGUCAAAGGCCAGGGUUUCUUCAUUUGGAAUUACAGAAAGUAAGAAUAAUGCCCCAACUUCAAAGAGCGAUGUUGCUUCUGCUCCUAGUAAAGUAACUUUAAGCACACGCCCAGCAGGGUCAUCCAUUUCUGCACCAUGUGAUUCUAAAGGUAGUAGUACUCAGAAGCAGCAGCUUGUUAAAUCUGAUGGUGUAAAGAGUGACAAAAGAAAAUGGGCCCUGGAGGUCCUUGCUAGGAAAACAGCUGUAGCAAGCAGGAACACCAGCAAUGAAUUACAGGAAGACAAUGCAGUGCUUAGACGAAAUUAUCCCUUACUAGCUCAAUUACCAGCCGAAAUGAGACCAGUACUGGCACCUAGUCACCAUAAUAAAAUCCCCUUAUCCGUGAGGCAGACACAACUUCACCGACUCACAGAGUACUUCUUGAGGAAGGCAAAUUUGUCGGUUAUUCGCAGAACUGCAGAAACAGAAUUUGCAGUUGCAGAUGCAGUUAAUAUUGAAAAGGAGGUUGCCGAUAGGUCAAACAGCAAAAUAGUAUACCUGAAUUUAUGUUCCCAGGAGAUGUUGCAUCAUUCAGAUAACAGCAAGUCCAGUAUAGCCACAGAAGCAUUAACUUCGCCCUCAGCUGAGGUUCCCAUCAAAGAAUCGGACCAAGCUACCAAUCAAAUUUCAACUGAUCCUGUAAUCUUAGAUGCACUGAGAAGUGCAGGCCUUGUGUCGGAUUCUCCUCCAAACAGUCCACAAUCAGAGAAGGAAGUCCUCAAUAAAGAUGACCCCUCAAUAAGGGAGGAAGGGCCAGAUGAUGUAUUUGAUAUGGAUUCUUGUCCAGAACUGGAUAUUUAUGGGGAUUUUGAGUAUGAAUUGGAUGAUGAAGACUACAUUGGUUCCAGUACAACAAAAGUCUCUAAGCUACCACCAGAAGAAAGUGCUUCAAAAAUGAAAGUGGUUUUCUCUACUCUGAACUCUGAAAAGUUGAAUAGUGGUACAGAUAUUAACGAUCAUGGAAAACCAGGGAAUUUUGAAGCACCAAAGGACUCUACCCUGCCCCAGAAACAUAGUGAUGCGGGCAUCAGCACUACCAUGGAGGGCGAGACUGACAAUUCUUGUGUUCCUCCAGAACCCUUUUCGAGUGAAAACGGUGAAGAACUUUCAAUUGUAGAAUGUGAAGAGUUAUAUGGCCCAGACAAAGAACCCCUCAUGAAAAAAUUUCCAGAAGUGGCAUCAAGAAAGAUAUAUGGACAGGUUGAUGAAGUAGCCGAAAACAAAGAUGCUGUAGAAAAUGAAAAUAACAUGUCAAAUAAGGUGGUAAAUGCAGAGAACAUGUUUGUUGCAACUGUUGGUCCCAACUCCUCUGGUGGGGAACAUUCACCCAACCAAUUUCAAACUGGGAAAAAUGUCGAAAUCAUGGAGAAGGAAUGUAGCACUGAGACUAGCAAGCGGCCUGAUAGCUUCAAUCAUGUAUUCAAGAAGGUGGAAGCCUACAUCAAAGAACACAUCAGGCCACUGUGCAAAAGUGGCGUGAUAACGACUGAACAGUAUAGGUGGGCAGUGACAAGAACUACAGAUAAAGUUAUGAGAUACCACUGCAAAGCCAAGAAUGCAAAUUUUCUCAUCAAGGAAGGAGAGAAGGUGAAGAAACUGGCAGAGCAGUAUGUUGAGGCAGCUCAGCAGAAGGAAAAAAGUGAUUCUUUGUAAAGGCAGUUUUUUUCAUCUUUCUCAAGGGCCAUAGAUGUUUACUUCCCUUUUGAGCUUAAUAAUUUGUGGGUAGUUAUGGGAAAUAGCCCUAAACACCAUGAUUUAGGCAUUGUACAAAAAUGAGAAUCAAAAAACGUUGACCCAACUUGAUGAGUAGUGGGUUUGGCCUGAACAUAAACUACAUAUUGGUGUUAGUGAGUCAUGGCUCCAUCACUUUGUGCGAGGGUUCUUGUGCUCCAAAACCAGAAUGUAUAUACUAACACGAAAUUGUUGUUGCUAUUAUUGUUGUUGCAAUUGUUAGUACAAUCUAUUGAAUGA